CCCCACUCUCAUCCUCCAUUUUCGCCUCUCUCUUCCCUCUCCUCCUUUCUUCCCAAAUGGCCAUUGUUGAUGACGCAGAGAUGCGGUUAACCGAAUCCGAAGCUGUUUCGAGUUCCGAUGAUCGUAAGAUCGUUGCAGAUACUCCCGAUUUUAUAGACGAAUCCUCUCUAGUCAUCAGAACAACCACUGGAGUCCGAAUCUCAGCUCUACCGGCGGAGCAAAGCCUUGUUGACUCCGAUGGAUCUAACUCGGAGGUUACGCUUCCGGCGAAAGACGAGGUAAUUAGUGAUGGUUUUACUUGUGUGAACAAAGAGAUUGUAGAAUCUGAUUCAUUUAGGGAGCAGAAUCUAGAGAUUGGAGAACCUGAUUUAGAUGUUGAGAAUCGCAAAGAAGCGAUGAUUAUUGAUUCGAUAGAAAAUUCUGUGGUUGAAAUUGUUUCAAGUGCUUCUGGUGAUGAUUGUAAUGUUAAGGUAGAGGUAGUGGAACCUGAAUUGCUUGUUGAGAAUCUGGUGGUUGCUAAAGAAGAAGAAGAAAUGAUUGUUGAUUCUAUAGAAGAUUCUGUUGUUGAAAUUGUUUCAACUGCUUCGGGUUGUGAUUGUAAUGUGAAGGUUGAGGUAGUGGACCCUGAAUUGUGUGUUGAUAAUCUGGUGGUUGUUAAAGAAGAAGAAAUGAUUGCUGAUUCGAUAGCGGAAUCUGUGGUUGAAACUGUUUCGAGAGGUUUAGAUUAUGAGUGUGUUGAUGUCAAGGUGAAAGAAGAACCUGAUUUAGGUACAAAAUUGGAAGAAGAUUCUGUUUUUCCGAAUGUGCUUGAGAAGAAGGAUGAGGUAAUCAAAGUCCUGGAAGACCAGCCAAGUGAGAUUAAUAAGAAGCUAGAGCAAGAGAAUGAUGAUCUCUUUUCGUCUGGAGAUUCAGAUGGUACAUCAGCCAAGAGAAGGAAAAUGGAGAUGGAAUCAUAUGCACCAGUCGGUGUGGAAAGCUGUAUCCUGGCGCCGACGCCUCUUCGAGUUGUGAAACCAGAGAAGUUGGAUACCCCUGAAGUUAUUGAUCUGGAAUCAGAGAAAAGUUAUACUCAUGUGAAGAUGGAACCUGUUGAGGAAAUAAAGGUGGAAGCUGUUAAGAUGAGUUCUCAAGUGGAAGAUGUGAAAUUUAGCCGUGAGCAGAAAUCUGUGUAUGUGAAGAAGGAACCAGUUGGAGCAAGAAAGGUGAAAGUGGAAGAUGGAGAUUUUCCGGUGGAGAAAGAUUGGUAUUUGGUUGGGAGGUCACUUGUUACUGCUACUUCUACGAGUAAAGGAAGGAAAUUAGAAGAUAAUGAGAUUGUGAAUUUCACAUUUUCUUCUGUUGCAAAAUGGAAAGUCCCAAACAUUGUUCGUUUCUCUACCAAAAGAUGUGGAGAGAUUGGUAGACUUCCGAUGGAGUGGUCAAAUUGGGCUGUGAGCCUUUUAAGAUCUGGUAAGGUCAAGAUGUUAGGCAGAUGUGUAGCGGCGCCACCAUUUCUUACAAUGAUGCAAGAAAUUAUGCUAUAUGUCAGUUUUUACAUUCACAGCUCGAUAUUCACUGAUGUUAGCAAAUCCACUUGGCGGAUUGGUUCUUCCCCAAACCUUGAGUCCACCCUUCAUCCUCUUCUCCAGCUUUUCAAACACUUGACAAUCAAACCUUAUCAAAAGGCGGAGUUUACUCCUGAGGAACUCAACUCUCGUAAACGUUCACUGAAUUUGGAGGAUGACUAUGAUGAAAGAGCAGCAUUGUUGGCCAUAGCAAAAAGAAGAAAAGGUUGUCAACAGUCUCUGGAGCAGAACAAAGAUGAAGAAGAGGCUCCUGAGUCAUAUAUGAAUCGGGUUGUCGGCGCUGCCGAUUCAUACAACCUUGAGGAAAUGGAAGCUCCAAGUACACUCACGUGUAACCUGAGACCGUACCAGAAACAAGCUCUCUACUGGAUGUCGGAAUCUGAGAAAGGAAUUGAUGUUGAAAAGGCAGCUGAAACUCUACAUCCUUGCUGGGAGGCUUAUCGAAUCUGUGACGAGAGGGCACCUUCUAUUUAUUUGAACAUCUUUAGUGGUGAAGCAACAAUCCAGUUUCCAACAGCAACGCAGAUGGCAAGAGGCGGAAUAUUGGCAGAUGCCAUGGGACUUGGUAAAACUGUGAUGACAAUUGCACUAAUACUUGCACGGCCAGGCCGAGGUAACCCGGAAAAUGAAGAUGUCUUGGUGGCAGAUGUUAAUGCAGAUAAACGCAAUAGGAAGGAGAUUCAUAUGGCACUAACGACUGUGAAGGCAAAAGGAGGCACUCUUAUUAUUUGUCCCAUGGCAUUGUUAAGCCAAUGGAAGGACGAGCUUGAGACUCAUUCAAAGCCUGACACUGUGUCUGUGUUAGUUUACUAUGGAGGGGAUAGGACACAUGACGCGAAAGCAAUAGCGAGUCAUGAUGUGGUUUUGACAACUUAUGGUGUUUUAACCUCAGCUUACAAGCAGGAUAUGGCAAACAGUAUUUUCCACAGGAUUGAUUGGUAUAGGAUUGUUCUUGAUGAAGCUCACACGAUCAAAUCAUGGAAAACUCAAGCUGCUAAAGCCACAUUUGAGUUAUCUUCACAUUGCAGAUGGUGUCUGACUGGGACUCCCUUACAAAACAAGCUCGAAGAUCUAUACAGUCUUCUAUGUUUCCUGCAUGUUGAACCAUGGUGCAAUUGGGCUUGGUGGAGUAAGUUGAUACAGAAGCCUUAUGAAAAUGGUGAUCCACGAGGACUGAAGCUGAUCAAGGCGAUUUUGAGGCCAUUGAUGCUGAGAAGAACAAAGGAAACAAGGGACAAAGAAGGAAGUCUAAUUCUUGAACUUCCUCCAACCGACGUCCAAGUCAUUGAAUGUGAACAAUCUGAAGCAGAACGUGACUUCUAUACAGCCUUGUUCAAGAGAUCCAAAGUCCAAUUUGACCAGUUUGUGGCACAAGGAAAAGUUCUUCACAACUAUGCAAACAUCCUCGAGCUCCUCCUCCGUCUACGCCAAUGUUGUAACCACCCUUUUCUAGUUAUGAGCCGAGCAGAUUCACAACAGUACGCUGACUUAGAUAGCCUUGCAAGGAGGUUUCUUGAUAACAACCCUGACUCUGUUUCCCAAAAUGCUCCUUCUCGGGCAUAUAUCGAAGAAGUUAUCCAAGAUUUACGCGAUGGCAAUAGCAAAGAAUGUCCAAUAUGUCUGGAGUCUGCAGAUGAUCCCGUUCUCACACCUUGUGCUCACAGAAUGUGCCGUGAAUGUCUCCUUACUAGCUGGCGCUCUCCAUCUUGUGGUCUAUGCCCAAUCUGCAGGACAAUCCUGAAGAGAACCGAACUUAUCUCAUGCCCGACAGAUAGUAUAUUCCGUGUUGAUGUGGUAAAGAACUGGAAGGAGUCUUCAAAGGUUUCGGAGCUGCUCAAGUGCUUAGAGAAGAUCAAGAAAUCUGGUUCGGGCGAGAAGAGCAUUGUCUUUAGCCAGUGGACUUCAUUUUUGGAUCUUUUGGAGAUUCCAUUGCGAAGAAGAGGAUUUGAGUUUCUUAGAUUCGAUGGGAAGCUGGCUCAGAAGGGAAGAGAAAAGGUUUUGAAAGAGUUCAAUGAAACCAAACAGAAAACGAUUCUGCUUAUGUCUCUGAAAGCUGGAGGAGUCGGUCUGAAUCUAACUGCAGCUUCAAGUGUCUUCUUAAUGGAUCCAUGGUGGAAUCCAGCGGUGGAAGAGCAAGCGAUCAUGAGAAUUCAUCGAAUAGGGCAGAAACGAACGGUAUUCGUCAGAAGAUUCAUUGUCAAGGAUACAGUGGAGGAACGGAUGCAGCAAGUUCAGGCAAGGAAGCAGAGGAUGAUUGCCGGAGCUUUGACAGAUGAAGAAGUCCGGUCUGCAAGACUUGAGGAGCUUAAAAUGUUGUUCCGAUGAGAGACUUGGAGAAAGUCUUCUUUUUAAUCGUCUUUUGAAGUUAGAGAGUCUUCUUUUUGUUUUUUUUCAUGUAAAUAUUGGUACAAGUUAUUUAUCUUUCUCCCCUAAUGAGUUAUAAGUAAUUUUGAACACUGAUUGUCUCGAUCCACAUAUUGUGUAUAUGAACAGUUGAACGUGGAUUAUGUAAUUUUGAA